GUGUGCGUGAAAUUCCAGAGCACAUAAUAAUAAAUAAAACCGCUUGUUUUUAGUUUAGCGAGCCAGAAAGGGGGGUGUGUGGGGGAGUAGGCAAAAAAGUGGGAAACGAGGUUUCACUGUGGAGUGGGGAAGUCAUCACCGUCCCAAAUAGUGCAAAUUUAACGCACGUACAAAUCCCCAAUCCUCAAGUGUCCCAAGUUCGUCUUUGUUCUUUGAGUCUCUGUACACGCUGUAGAAUGCGUAUGUUUUAAUGGUGUUUGUGACCUUUCGAGAAUCGUAAACAUUGCCGAGAGAAAGGGGAGAGAGGACGGUAGUAGGGGGAACGUUUCGAGUGGUUGGAAAGAUUUUUGUACGUGUGGGAAUGUCAAAACCCGUUGGAACGUCGUCGUGCCAAGAGAUUGUGUCGUGUUACACUUCGUGGAAUUUGAUUAAAACUCAAGACUGAUUAUACGUUCAUUACAUAAGCAUAUUAGUGUCAUAUAUCUGCCUUUAGUCUACGUAUAUCUGCUCAAAUAUCUGUAUAUGUGCGAAACAGUGUCGCCGGUAUAUUUCGUGCAUAUUUUGUGAACAGAAAUUGAGUGUGAUCAGAGAAGUGCUAAAAUUAGGAAAUCUCCACAAUUCAACGGAUUUGAAGCGGCAAGGCCUCUCAGCCGUCAGUCAUGGCGAGCGACCAGGAAGACAUCAUUCAGGCGGUUCGAUCCUGUCUGCUGACUUUCAAAAAUGGCACCAGCGUCGCCGAAUUGAAUCGGGACUACAAAUCGCUGGAAGGUCGAAACAUUCCGUUCCGUAAUUUCGGAUUUGCAACUUUGGAAUCGAUGCUUCAAAAUGCUCCCGGAAUAAGGUCGUCCCGGCGAGGUGGAGAGUUGUGGGUCGAGAUCAUUCCAACGGCGGAGACUCAGCACAUUUCGAAAUUAGUCGCGGGUCAAAAAGCCCCGAAAUCUCGUCGCAAAAAGACUCGUUCGAGUUAUUAUUCCACGAGCUCUUCGCGAGGCGGUAAUCCCAGAAGUAGAACUUCCUCAGGACAUCAUGUGAAUAAUUAUUCGAGGUUUCAAGCGCGAUCUUCGGCCCCGAAACCGUUGAUGAACAAUCCGGUGCGUCCACCACCGACGACGAAUGGUCGUUUCGCAGGGAAUGCCGAUUUUCCGUCCGCCUCAAAGCCGUUGGUGCAACGAGUCACUCAACCUCGACAGGAGCUGGAUUAUUUGGUGAGGCCGAAAAUGGGGCCGGUGUCCUCAGACGUCGAGGGUCAAAAAGUGGCGAAUUCGCCGGUUCCGGAACCGCCUAGAGCUCAGGAGAGUCCCAAAGUAGUGAGCCAACCUUUCGCGACCUUCAAUCCACCCGCGGCUAACGCGGCUGCUCCCAGGCCGAUGCCCGAAGUGAAGCCGCCGCUGCUCGGAGCACCAACGAAUCCGUUUCAAUUAAACUCCGGAAAUUCUGUCAGGCCCCAAUUCUCGCAACCGCUACUCCCCAAUCCAAUGCUUCCGAGCCCGAUCAAUCCGAUGAUGAAUGUUCCAAUGCCAAUGCCUUUUCCCUGGCAACGACCCCCUUCGAGGUUGAGGGUCGCGGAGCGCAUGUUUUCGCAGAGAUCGGCCAACCAGCGAUUACUGCAAAUUCAACGACAAAGUCAGGCGCCGACGAACGGCGCGACGCCUUCCGCGCCGGUUUUGCCGCUGCAAGAUCCGCGUGAAGAGCUCAAAAAAAUAGCACGCGAAUUGGGUCGUCCCGAGCCCGUGUACAAAAUAAUUCCAGUCCAAGGAAAAGGUGGUUCGAUGGUUUACGGAAAAGUCGAGAUCGGCUCGUCCAAGUUCAGCAGCUACCCGGAGGAGGCUCAAACUCCAGAAGCCGCGGAAAUCCUGGCAGCCCGUGAAGCUCUGAAAGACUUGAAAAAGGAACACGCAACGACCCUGAGACUGGUGCCGACAACGAACAAGGACGUGAUGAAGAAGCGACUGCUCGAAAUCGUCGACCACCACACCGGCGUUUUCAUUCACAAAAUUCCUGCUCUUUAUCAGGAAGAAUUUAAAGAAAAUCUGCCGAGCGAUUGGAUGGAAGAAAUCGCGCAAUGGAACGAGGUUGACUUGGAAAACGGCGUCAACGAUUCCGUCAUUCUCAUACGCGCGGUUUUGACCGCCAAUUCGAAAGCGCCAGUGGAACUAUCGCCGGUCACAGAAAAAUCAUUCCUCAAGCCAAUUUACAGCUGUGCACCUGGCAACGUGACUCUUCCCGACGAGCACGUUUGGGUUGCUCACGUCACAUACGUUAUCAGCCCCGUCGAAAUUUGGGUUCGGUUGGUCGGCGAAAAUUACAGCGAUAAACUGGACGCGAUGCGGAUAGAAAUGAAAAAUUAUUAUUCGACGGUGAAAACUCCGGCAGAGCACAUCGAGCCGAACGGUUAUUACGCGAUGAUGGAAAACGAAACGUGGUACAGAGUCCGAGUCCUCGAGUGCGAUUUGUCCUGCGACGAGGCGGACAUUCUUUUCAUAGAUUUGGGAGAAGACGACACGGUCAAUGUUUCUCGGCUGUACCCACUCAAUCGUAAAUUCUAUUCGCUCCCAGCUCAAGCCAUGAGGGUUUCCUUGAUCGGCUUGGAAGAUUUUGCUGAUUGCGAAAGCGCCGUCGUCCCUAUUAUCGAAAAGCACAUUCUUGAAGGCGUUUUUUACAUGGAAGAUUUCAGCCGGGACGUCGACGAAUUCGGCCCGUUGGCCAGCGUCAUCAUGUACGAUACCGAAGGACCUGUGGACAUUGACCUGAACGAUCUCAUCGUGAAGAAAAUACUCGAAAACAUCGCCCCCAGGUUCGAAAGCCCUGGACAAAUCACUGCCGUUCACGCCUCACACAUCCAGAGCAACGGGGACGUUUUUAUUCAGGUCAAAAGCGACACCUUGAAGACGUUGACGAAGUUGCUAAACAAAUUAGUAGAAACUGGAAUUUCGAACGACGAAAGAUUGAGGUACGCGGUCGACCGAAUCGAUAGCCACUCGAUUUACCUGGCUCGUUGUAACGAGAGCGGAGACUGGUAUCGUGCGAAGUUCGUGGAAAUGGGGCUCCCCGGGGAGAGCAAUAGCCGUCCUUUGAAGAUGUUCGUCGUAGAUUUCGGCAGGACGAUUCUAGUGGACAUGGAGAACGUUUUGCAGCUGGAAAAAAUGUCGAGCGUCCUGGCGAGAUUUCCAGCCCAAGCUGUCAAAAUCGCUCUCGAUAAAUUGGAGUCGAACAUGUUCAGCUCCGAAAUGGUUACGAGACUGAGAGAGUUGGCACCUGCCUCUCAAGUUUUAAUACUCAAGGUCGUCAAGCCCAGCGUCGAUGGCUCGGUGCCCGUUGUCGAACUUUUCAAAAGAUCGCCGCCCGAUAAUAUUCUCGGAUCGAUCAACAACACUUUGGUUCACGAGUACGAAGGCAUCAAAAUCGUCGACGAGGACGGAAACAACAACGUAAAACCCAGGAAACUCGUUGAGAGAGUCAACUCUCGAAGCACUGUUGAUAUCGAAGAAAACGCGAAGGCCCUUCCGGCCCCGAAAAUCGGUGAAGUCGGCGAAUAUUUCAACGUUCACGUUACCAUGGCAGCUAAUCCGGCCAACUUCACCGUUCAACCUCUCGAGUCCAAGGAGGAAUUGAAGAAUUUGAUGGUGAAACUCCAGAAGGUUUGUCAAGACUUGAAAGACUCGCAUCCCCCUCUCGACUCGGUCAGAGAGGGUCGACUCUACGCUGCACAACACAGCGAUGGUUCUUGGUAUCGUGGCUGCGUGCUCAACGUAAUUGACAAGCAAGUGUUCACGGUUUACUUCAUCGAUUAUGGCGACGUGGCUGUUGUAUGGCUGGACAAACUGUUGCCCCUGUCGAGACAAUUUCUCGAUCUUCCUUAUCAAGCAAUAAAGGCUCGAUUAGUUGGAAUAAAGCCAAAAAGGAUCGACUGGUCUCCCGAAGACUGCGUGCGAUUCCAAAACCUCGUGGUGGAACGAGCGCUCGUUUCAGUGGUCCAGGAAGUGGACGCCGAUCGACAUUUGCCCCGGGAUACGGUGCUGGGCUUGAGCUUGAUCGACGUAUCGACCGCCGAGGACGUGUACAUAGGGGAUGUUUUGGUGAAAGAAGGGCGCGCCGUUUAUGUCUAGUGAAAGGGACUCGGCAGUCGUUCGUACGAGUUUUCAGACUCGACAGUAUGUUUAUUCUCGAUUUUCCUAUUGUUUCCUCGUUUUAUAGAGCAAUUAUUAGCGGCGGGUUACGCUAAACAUAUAAAAACGACCAUGAAUAUACAUAAAUAAGAGAAUUUAUAUAGAAAAGUGACGAAAAACGAGGAUGAGAAAUUUCAGUGGUUUUUUAACCGCGUUAUUGGUAGCGAGGAAGCGAGGAUUUGGCUGAAAGCUCCAUUCCGAGUGUUAAUCGCGCGAUCGCAGUGAGCGAAAUUCCAUUAUUUUUUCAUUUCAUAUUUACCCAUCCUCGCUCACUGCUCUAAAAAGUGAUUUGUUUUUUUUUUUUUUUUAAUUUUUGACAAUGAGACUGUGGUUCAGCUCGAGCCGAGCGACCAAUAUCGACUUAAGUCGAGCUACGAAACGAGUUUUUCGUACACAAAAGUUUUUUUUUCGUUCCUUGUUUUUUUUUUUCAGUUCUUUUUUUUUUUAUCAAUUUGGCGAAAAAACGAAGCCAUGCGUCAAUUUUCUUUCGUUUUUUAGUUCUAUUUUAUACGAACGUUGAUUAAUGAUAAAUGAAACAUAACGGAUUUAACCGAAAUAUUCUUCCUAGUAGAUUUAUAAAGAUACGAUACACUUGGUGCCAAUUGCACGAGGGAAAUUUAGCUCCUGGUAUUUUGAACCCAGAUAUUUAGCCGUUCCAUAUUCCUGAGUGCGCUAACUAUUCAUUUUUUCCUCCUUUUUCGGUUGUGAAAUUGUCACUCAUCUCCCUUGCUCUUUUCUCUCUCACUCUCUCGUCUGCCAAUCGAAAUUUAACGCUUCCACGAAUAUAUGCAAAUUAAACAGUAUUACUAGACACAAUGUAUUCGUGCGAAAUAUGACAGUGGCUGAAUAUUAAUGACAUAUUUGCAUUAUUAUUAUUAUUAUUAUUAUAAAUAAACGAGAGAUUAUAUAAAAAUGUAUUUUUUACGAAUUAUGUACGAAAAUAAUAAAAUCUCGAGGCAAGGUGAAAUGACAAAAUUA